AUGGAUGAAGUUGUCUAGCAGCUCAAGUUCGCUGCUAGAUUAUAUAUAUCUAUGAUACAGGUUUUACCUUAGGUAAAGUCCAAGAUAAUAUUAUAUAGUACAUACUCUGCGAUGAAAAGAUGCAUUCAACUCUUUAGAUGGAAAAAUAAUAUUAUUUUAGAGGGAACUAAUGGACUAGCUAAAUGAAGCCAAUGAGAUUGGUUUUAAAGCAAGCCUAAUUACUUAGAAGAAUUGGAGAUACUAGUUAGUGA